CAGUCAACUAGCUUCAUUGUAUCAGAAGCCUUACGUGGUGCGGAACUCCAAUGGCAACCUCAGGAGGUGACGUUCAGGGGAGAGUUGAACAAGAUAGUGAACCCUCGGAUCAGACAACAGCCAGGAGGAAAAAUAUUACAGAAGUAGAUGCCAUUUUUGGAGGACGCGACGACCUGGACCCCGCAGCGGAGUACACCAUGAAUCACAAGAGACGCGGCUUGGCUCUGAUCUUCAACCAGGAGCGGUUCUUUUGGCAACUAUGCAUGCCUGAGCGUCAUGGCACCAAUGCUGAUAGGUGGAAUCUCAUGAAGAGGUUGGAGGACCUGAAAUUUGACGUCAAGGUGCACGAUAAUCUCAAAGUGGCUGAUGUUGUUAAUGUAAUCACCGAAGCUGCGAACAGCGAUCACACUGACGCGGACUGCUUCGUCUGUGUGUUCCUGAGCCACGGGCUGUGCGAUGAGAUCUACGCCUACGAUGGAAAGUUCAACAUCCAGGAAAUCACUGCUCUGUUCAAGGGGGACAAAUGCAGGAGUCUGGUGGGCAAGCCCAAAAUCUUCAUUUUCCAGGCCUGCCGUGGUGAAGUGCAUGACGUUCCAGUCACUCCCAUGGACGUGGUGGAUAACGAGGUGGAUAACGAGGUGAAGACUAACGAGGUUGUGGUCGACGCGGGCGUGGUCCACACCUUGCCUGCUGGAGCAGACUUCCUCAUGUGCUACUCAGUGGCAGAAGGGUACUACUCUCACAGGGAGACGAUCAAUGGCUCGUGGUACAUCCAGGACCUUUGUCAGCUUUUGCAGAAGUUUGGAGAAAAGCUGGAGUUAACUGAACUGCUGACGGUGGUGAACAGGAAGGUGUCGAUGCGGAAGGUAGGACGUUCCUCUGACCCAAACGCCAUUGGCAAAAAGCAGGUGCCCUGCUUUUCCUCGAUGCUCACCAAGAAACUGUACUUCAGGGCCAAGGAAGUCUGACAUCUGUCACCCCACUGAUUAUUCAAGUAUGAGAGAAACUAAGAAAAUACGUUUUAGAAAUCCUCAGGUUUUUUUGUCUUAAGGUGCACAUAUAAUUGGGAGAAAAUCUGAAUUGUAUGAAUCUAUGGUGGUGGUUUGUUUAGAAGCAAUAGUGUCAUUCCAGAGAACCUUCUGGAAGACUGUAUUGGGGGGAAAUGAGAGUGUUUGAAAGCUCUCAUGCUUUCAAUUUAUCUGAAAUUAAAUUUCCUCUUGGGCUUUUAUGUAGUCAUUGUUUCAUGAAAAAGGGAAUUGCCAUAUUGGAUAUUAUGCCCCUGUCAAAUUCACAAGAGGAACUUGUCUUAAUCUGUGCUUUUAGAAAUGGAUCCUUGAUUUAAUCUUCUGAUUGGUAGCGCACAUUUGGAAUUUUUCCAUUGCCUGUUUUCUUGGUGUGGACAUUAAAGGUACGAUAGGUAAUUUCUACCAACAGUCAAGAGAAGAAUUGCAACAACAACAACAACCUCAAACCACAACAACAUUUUAUAACUAGUUAUGUUUUCUUCACUUGGAUAAUAACCAAUAGCAUACAGUUUCAGCGAUCGCUUGUCUAGAGUGUAAUUUGGGCAGCUACACUUUCCUUUUAUCUCUUUACGUGUUCAACAUCUGUGUUUAGCAACCUUUCUCAAACCGUAAGUUACAGCUUAUCUAGUUCAAAAACAAUACCAGUUCGCUAUCAGUAACAAGAAAAUUAGCUAUUGCCAGGCAGCUUCCCAAAUUUACAAAUAUUCACCUGAAGUACAACGCCUGUGCAGUCGCUACUAUGUUCGUAUUAAAUAUAUUUAUAUUUGUAAAUUAUUUUGGGAUAUUUGUAAAUUCAUCAGUCUAACUACAGCUAAUUUGUUUGUUGCUACCGAUAACAAACUGUUAUUGUUUUAUAACUAGAUUUGUAGUUUUCACUUGGAUAAUAAGUAGCAGUAUACAGUUUCAGUGAUCGCUUGUCUGGAGUGCCGUUUGGGCAGCUACACGAACAAUCAGAACAAGCUCCCAUGCCAUUGGCUGUAGCAUUUAGAACCUAUUUUCAACCAAUUAACUCUUUAAUUGUUGUACAGCUGUACAAUGUUUUGAUACAGUGACGGCCUGACAAAUGUACACUUUGAAACCUGAAUUUAAGGACUAUAAACACAGCCAGAUGUUGAGUCAACAUGUCAGUGAGCCUUUUUCAAUGAUAGGAAGGGAUUUACAAUGGUCUUAAAACAUUGUUACAACACAAAUCUUACCUAUUGUACCUUUAACUAAGCGAUGGAGAGUUUGAUUUGUAGUACUGCAAACUAUUUGAUUUAAUUAGAAUGCUGGAAUCCUCGUGCAUCACCUGUCACCUAAACCAAAAUAGCAUUUUAACCAAAUUUUUACUUGAAGUCUAAAUAGAUUUUACAUGUAAAAAAAUGAAAUACUCAUUACAUUUGUCAAUUUUAAUGCUUAUCUGGUGUCCUGUAACAAGCAAGUCUGAAAUGAAGGCCAAACUAUAUAGUGCUGAGGAUAGCAUAAUUUAAUUAUGCAAAUUGGCUCAAAGUAUGAAAUCAAAAAUAUAACCCGUGUAUCUACCUAUAUUGUAGCUAUCUCUCUACCAGCGUCCGAUAAUCAUCUAAACUAAGCAAUUAAGCAGAUCACUUGCUAUAAACAGCAUGAUGCUAAUCUUUCUGUUUUUGUUUUGUCACCUCUCACUCUUUCACAUUCCAUGUAACAUUCCACAUUACAGGUGGCAUGACUAAAGUUGUGUUGUGUACAAUAGUUUUGUGAAAGCCUGUUUAAAACCUUUUACUUCACAUAUCGCUCAUAGUAGGUGAGGGCCAAGACAGUGACAGUCAGUUUUGUCAGUAUAUGGAUUGCAAUUGGCACACAGAAGAGGUCUCGGAGCGUGUGGAAGUUGUUUCACUUAGUGACCGACUUUACCACAUUCUAUUAAAGAUGAUAAACUGACAGUGACUGUAGCAGAAAUUAAAUACUUGGUGAUUUAUUGACUGUCAUAACUGGCUAUUGAAUGGUGGGUUUCAUUGAAAAUAAAACAUGAUUCAGGUUUUUUUAAAAAUUUUUUAAAGGACUACAAAUUAGCUGAUUAAUAUGCAUGUCUUUGUACUAUAUUUUUGUACUGUUGGGGGAUGGGAUUUCUAUUGAUACGAUUUUGUAUUUUUUUUUCUUUUUUUUUUUUCUCCCUUAUAAGCGAGAACACUUGGUUGGUUUCAGAUUUUUUAUGUCAUAAGACUCACUAUGUAAUGCUGUCUGUUUAAUAAUCUGUAAGAUGUGCAAUAAAAAGAAAAUGAUGUCA